GCUCACGUUUUAGACAUGUAUGAGAGGAACCGGCUUGAUUUUGCCUCCUGCCUCAUGGAGUAUCUUUGUGAAGGCACUCUCCUGCCUCCUAAUAACAUCAUAAGGUAUCUUAAGGAGUCAAAAAUGGCAUCAACCUCGAGCAAAGAAGAAGAUGGCUCAUUUGCUAACAACGUGACCCCUGGCACUGGCAGUAUUGACGAGCUGGACUGGCAAGGGACAAAGAGCUAUUUGAACGAAAGUUGCCAUCACCUAUUUGAAAACAAACUGCUUUGUGAUGUAGAAUUUGUUGUAGGCUCUGGUGCGGAUACAGAGAAAAUACCUGCACACAAGUUGAUCUUAGCUGCACGAAGUGCAGUAUUUUUUGCAAUGUUUAGUGAGAAAUGGUCCGCUGAAAGCAGUGAAAUUAACGUGGAAGAUGUUGAGCCUGCCGCAUUCAAACAAAUGCUAAAAUUUUUGUACUCGGAUAAGAUAAACCUUAGUUUGGAAACGGUCACUGCGAUAAUAUAUGUGGCAGAAAAAUACGCCAUCACUGCCCUUAAAAAUCGUUGCUCUGAUUUCCUCUCAAUUAACUUAUGCACAGAGAAUGCAUGUAAUAUUUUGAUAACAUCGAGACACUUCAACAUGGAUAAAGUGGUCAAUGAUUCUUUAUACAUCAUUGCUAAAAACACUGAAUUGGCUCUCAAAGCGGAAGACUUUGUAAAUAUUGAUCUAGAAACUUUGUGUUUGAUUUUGGAAAGAUCAGACUUACGAAUCAAUGAAAUAGUGCUGUUUGAAGCUGUUGAUCGAUGGGCUGAGGAAGCAUGUAUCAAAAAUAAUCGCAGUGUCUCUGUGACGCACAAAAGGCAGUUCUUGAAAAAUGCCCUCUUCCUCAUAAGAUUUCCAGUAAUGAAACCAGAAGAAUUCUUGUCGAAAGUUGCCACAUCUGGUCUUCUUUCAUCAGAAGAAGAAGUAUCCGUCCUUCGCUUGUUCACCAUGAGUUCAAAAACAAGAGACUGCCGUUUCAGCACAAUACCACGAAGAUCAUUUUUAGUCAUUAAUCGUUUUCAACAUGAAGUAACUGGUGGAAGAUUUGGUCUGUCUAAGCCAGCCACUUAUCACACAAUUGGUUUCAGUGUUACUCGCACGAUUAAGGUGAUCGGAGUUGGACUCUAUGGCACAGCAAAAGUUAAAUAUAAUGUCGAGAUUAUUUUGCAAGAAACUAUAAACUCUGAUCUGAAAUCAUAUAAGGAUAAGCUUAUUCUUACUGGAACACAUUAUUGCUCUGACAAAAUUUUCAGGAUUUUCUUUCCCGAACCAAUUGAAGUGGACCCUAAGAAGUGUCCAUAUCGUCUUCGAGCAAAAAUCAAGGGAAGUUAUUCAAUGUAUGGAUCUGGCGGUAUUCAAAAUGAAACAACUAUCUCUAAAACAAGUGAUAAUGAAGGCGAAACAGUCACCAUAAGCUUCUCUAACAUCGAUAGUGUGACGAUAAAAGAAUCAGACCGUGGAUUUCUGUCCAACGUUACCUGUGGGCAGAUCCCAGAAUUGCUCUUUGAGCUUUGAAACAUUCAUCAGCACUCAGGUCUGUGUGCAAACUGCUCAAAACUUGAAUUUUUCUCAUUUUAAUGAUAUUCUGAGGGCUUAAAAGUAAACACGAAUUUAAUGAAAUUGUCAACAAAACGUUAACAUCAUAUUGUUCAACAAAAAGCGUUUGGGGAGCUAAAUUUCAAUUUAGUGGGUCUGUUUCAUUCAAGAGAUACAGCCAAGUGAUCUAAUCCACAGGUAAAAUCUUUUGUAUAUCCUGAAGGCACAUCAUUAAAGUCUGCAUUCCCUUCUUUAAUGAGCAAUUUUCGCAUUUGUGACAUGCUUUUUCAAAUUUUCCGAGUUUGAGAGAUUUUCUGUGGCUUUGGGGACCAGGUUUACCUAGGAGGAGAUGUUUGAAGUUCUUGUCAAAAUAAAUAUAAUCUUGCAAACUAUCUCUUGCGUUGGAUUUCAAUAGUUUUCAAGCGUUUGUUUGCUCCUUAUUUCUUCGUGUUGCAAAAAUAAAAAGUUUAAAUCAAGAAAUUAUCCACAAGAAAAGGUUUUAAGAGUUUACGAGUUCGGUCUUUUAGGUCAGAUUUUCUUGCAUCUCCAUCUGGGCCAACCUAAUUGCUGACCACCAAGAAAAACUGCCCUCAGACGCAGCAAAUUCGUAAUAACAAGCUACGAACCAAAUACAUCGAUAAAGCACUGAAAAAUACACACCUGACUCUUCGAUGAGCUCAUCAAGAUUUUGAUGGGAUUUAACCCAUAGACAAUCAAUUCACUUGUAUGAAUCUCUUGCGUCCAACGGACCCACUUAGGGCCGCAUCUCAAUUCUCAAGACAUUUUUCCAAUCAAGUAAGUACCUUAAACUGAAUAUGUCUUAUUUCCCAACUAGAUUCUUGUUUUGCAUUUAAUUUAAUCAUUCAACCUUAUGACAUAAAAACAUAGUCCACCCGUCUUAAAAAAUGGAUCCUAAGCUGAAUCAUUUUAUAGGAAAUUUUAAUCUGUCUUAGUGGCUCAAGAGAAGAACCUAAGAACAAGUGUAAUCAGAUGCAUUAUCCCAUGGGAACGCAGACACUGACAAAUGGACCGCGGUAAGCAAAAAGGAACCAAGCCUCAUCAGCUAUUGACAAAUUCAAUUCGGCAAUUCAAUAUUUUACUUGAAAACGGUUUUAAGGAUUUUUGUGCAAAUUCAAGUGAAUUUUCUGCAUAUUACGAAGCAAUUUCCUUUAAAUUUUUCAAAGGGAUCUGCAGAAAUGUUCUCUCGUAAAAGUUUAUUGCCCAGUUAAAUUUGGCAGUAGCUGAUGUGGCUUGGUUUCUUUCUGCUAAACGCAACCUAAGCACUCCCUGCGGUCAAGUAGCACUUUCUACAAGUAGCCGGAGAUUAUUCCUGAAAGUUUCAAUCUGGAAAAUAAAUUAGAACAGACUUAGAAGGGUGUCAAGUUGACACUCUCCGCGGUAUAUUUUCAGCCAGUCAACCAUCUGAGUUUUAGUUGGCGCCACAAUCUAGGAUCCACACUACCUGUAGUUAAAAAAGUGGUCGCGCAACAUCAGUUCCAAUGAUCGAUUAUGAAAAUGAAACAGUAUUGCAAGGAUCCAUUUCAAGCAUAUAUGUGGUGGAAAGAUUUCAGAAAUUUUUUUCAGCCCUCAAAAGUCAGCUCAGUAUGUCUCAUGACACGUGUCUGUCAUGUGUAUAUUUGUAGUGUAACUUGAUUGUGUUUACUCUAGUGUCUCCAUUAUUGUAAUAUUUAGGCUGUAAGUAUCGUAUAUUCAAUUUUUGUGCUAAAUUUAUCUAUAACCAAGUGCCAUUAUAUGUUCGAUUUCUUGCCUUCUAAUUUAUCCUAAAGACUGCACCUGCAGUCUCAUCCAAAAUAUUUAAGUCAAGACUAAAAUUCUGCUUAUAUCUUGUAUUAUCAAAUUAGAAUGAAAUUUAUGGAAAGCUACCACAGAUUGUUGUUGCAACCAAUUAUUAUCCGAUUGUAUAAAUAUUGAAAAUUUUUUAACCGAAGAAUGAUUCAUCUCCUCAGAAUGCUUAUUUGCCAGUUAAUGCCAGUAUAAUGGAGAGAACACAAACAAUAGGUUUGGUAAAGAAUUCAAUUUUAUGAUGGGUUUAACCCUGUACUCUCUGUAGUGAAUCCUCAUUAUACCUUAUGUGACCUAUCAAGGCCUAUCUAAACUUAUAAUUAAAUUUCUUCAGGACAGUUAUUUCAAGUUUCUCACUACUAAAUCAUAUUUUCUCUCUCAGCUGCCUUUUCCAUUCUAUGAAUAAUUGUGUUGUCCCAAACUUUAAUUGUGUAUUUUUUAAUGUUUGCAUAUUUUAUUUUUCUACAUUUCUUUUUAUUUCUCUACAUUACACGUUUAUUUUUCUACUUUAUAUGUUUUUUAUGCUCAUUGUUCAUUUAUUCUUCUAUGUUACCUACAAUGUUACCCAUGUUUAAUUAAAACUGUUCAAUUUCAAAA